CUCCGCAGCAGCAGCGAGCAGCCCGAGCCGCGGGAGGAGAGAGGAUGUGGCUCUGCUGACAUCUGCAACCAGGGGUUCACUGGACACGACCAGCCGGGCUGACGCUCCGCAGCCUCUCCUCCAACUAACUUUGAGACAUGUAACUGGCCGAGAAGAUGUGUGUGUGCCGCGGGGCAUGCUGAGGCUCGGCCCGUCACGGUGCCUCCGUGGUGCUCUCCAUCAUGAGGGGGCGCUGUUCUCGAAAACUAGGCGUGCUGGCCAAGGCCGGGUUCUUGCUGUGGCUGCUGUGGCUGGGCUAUCUUCUGCUGGCGCGCUCUUCUUUCCCCUCGUCUUCCUCGGCGCAGGAAGAAGAUGGAGAGCGCAGUGUUCUGGUGGGGAGGCUGUCUCUGGACGAGAGUGGGACGGAUGGACAGCUGGCCAGGCCCGUCUACGUCAAACCGGCACCGGACAGCAAUGCGGCGGGGGAGAUGGGUCGGGCCACUCACCUCAACCUCAGCCCCGACGAAAAGAAGCAGGAGCAAGAAGCCGUGGAGCGCUACGCUAUCAACAUCUUCGUCAGUGACAAAAUUUCCCUCCACCGGCACAUCCAAGACAACAGGAUGAAUGAAUGCCGGAAUAAGAAGUUUGACUACCGACAUUUACCUACCACCUCUGUGAUCAUAGCCUUCUACAACGAGGCCCUGUCCACGCUGCUGAGGACUAUUCACAGCGUGCUGGAGACCACGCCCGCCAUCCUGUUGAGAGAGAUCAUCCUUAUUGAUGACUACAGCGACCGAGUGUACCUGAAAACGCAGCUGGCUGAAUACAUCAGUAACCUGCAGCGCGUGCGUCUCAUUCGGACCAACAAAAGGGAGGGGCUGGUGCGCGCUCGCCUCAUCGGCGCCACCUACGCCACAGGUGACGUUCUGACCUUCCUGGACUGCCACUGCGAGUGCGUCCCUGGCUGGAUUGAGCCGCUGCUGGAAAGGAUCGCCGAGAACGCCAGUACCAUAGUGUGCCCGGUGAUCGACACCAUCGACUGGAACACCUUUGAGUUUUACAUGCAAACAGAUGAGCCGAUGAUCGGGGGAUUCGACUGGAGACUCACCUUUCAGUGGCACUCCGUCCCCGAAGUGGAGCGCAAGAGGCGCAAGUCUCGCAUUGACCCCAUCAGGUCUCCUACCAUGGCAGGGGGAUUAUUUGCCGUGAGCAAAGCCUACUUUGAGUACCUUGGCACAUAUGACAUGGGUAUGGAGGUGUGGGGAGGAGAAAACCUGGAGCUCUCUUUCAGGGUGUGGCAGUGUGGGGGGAGUCUGGAGAUUCAUCCCUGUUCUCACGUGGGCCACGUGUUCCCCAAAAAGGCGCCCUACGCGCGGCCCAACUUCCUCCAGAAUACGGUUCGAGCCGCGGAGGUGUGGAUGGACUCUUACAAACAUCACUUCUACAACAGGAAUCCUCCGGCCAGGAAGGAGACCUAUGGCGAUAUCUCAGAGCGCCUGCUGCUGAGAGAGAAGCUGAAAUGCAACAGUUUCGACUGGUAUCUGAGGAACAUCUACCCUGAGUUGCACGUACCCGAGGACAGGGAGGACUGGCAUGGAGCUGUACGUAACUCAGGGAUACAAUCAGAGUGUCUUGAUUACAACGCUCCGGAGCACAACCCCACAGGUGCCCACCUUUCCCUGUUUGGCUGCCACGGCCAGGGAGGCAAUCAGUACUUUGAAUACACUUCUCAGAAGGAGAUCCGUUUCAACUCCGUGACGGAGCUGUGCGCCGAGGUAACCGAAGGACAGGCCUCUAUUGGGAUGAGGCACUGCCCCCGUGACUGGGAGAACAAGCCUCCCAGUAUCAUCUGGGAGUUCAGAAGUGACGGGACCAUUUACCAUCCUCACUCGGACACGUGCGUGACUGCCUACCGCACCACGGAGGGUCGCACCGACGCCCAGAUGAGACGCUGUAAACCUGGCGACAAAAACCAGCUGUGGAAGUUUGAGCGAUAGGAAGGCGGAAAAAAAUGUAGCAAGAAAAUUCAAGUGACCUUCCAUGACCACGGUGCAAUUACAACGCAGGAGGUCUUCUCUCCGCUGCUCUCACUUCCUCCACUCCCCGAGUCUGCACUCCAUUUGAAUGGGAACAGCGAGCAAGAAAAAGACUUGAAUGAAACGUGAUUAGCUCCAUUGAACGUUUUUAUAUGCACACGAUAUGGCGGUCCUUCUUAGGACAGCAUUUGUUGCUUUCCUUCAAGUGCCUCUGCAACCAAAAUGGAGCAUAUUGCACACCUAAAUGUCAUUGCAUUUGACUGUCCUGCACAUGGAAAAAAAAAAGUGCCUUUGAAAAGGUUGUAGACAGUUUGUUUUUUUUAACGAGCGUCAUGAGCGUCAUAUUGCACGACAGAAUGUUCCCUUUAUGUGCAAUGCAUGUUUGAUAUUAUUGUUAAAUCCUCUUGAUUGUUUGUAUACUUUUCAAAAGAAUUUUUAAAGUCGGCUGCUUAAGGAAAAGUGUGCCAGGAAUGUAAGGGUAGUAAUAUUUUGGCCUGAACCAGUUACUUCCUAACAUGUUCCAUCAUGUGAGAGGAAAGCGUAGCGGGAGAGCGCUGUGGUCAUACUACACUGCUGCUCAGCUCUAUCCUUCGCCUGUGGUGCCAGUUUCGUGGUAGAUUACUGCCUGAACAAGACUUGAAGAAGAUAUUAAGCAUUUGAACGAGGCACAUUGUGGCCCAGAGAGAUCAGAGAGUUGACAGGAAUGUUGUAGCCUAUUUUUCACUGCUGUGUAAAAUUAAUAGUAGCCUCUAAAUCCAUCUCUCUCUGCCUUUUGAAAAAAAAAGCUGUCAUCCUCAAAAGCUGUCUUUGCCAACGUGAAAAUGUGCCAGUAGGUGCUGACUUUAUUGAGACUAUUUCAACUGCUAACAGUAAAACAGCGCUGGUAUGAUGAACCUGAUUCUAUUAAGUCACCAAAACCCUAUGUGCCUUGUUUUAAUUGAUCUUAUUUGUACUUGAAACUUCAUCCAAACUGCUUCAGUGAAAUCCCCACUCAUGUUCCACUAGCACCUGGAGAUGCAGUCUAAGUGCUGUUGAAAAGUCUGGGUGAACUAAAUCAUGAGCGUUGUUUAGUCUCUGCAGUUCGUUGCAUUAAUGAAUAUCAGAUAUUGAUACUCGUCAGUCGACACAUCUGAUAAAUAUGAAAAAUUAUUCCCGUUUUUGUGUUACCUUUGCAAAUAAUGUUUGGUUUAAGGGACCAGAGGGGCGCACUGCUAAUGUAAGACCCCUCUAAAACUACUGAUUAUGUAAAAGGGAUGUUGAUCACUUAAUGUGUUGGUGAACUGACGUAGCAUUGAUGCGUCAAAAGAAGAUUACAGUUUUAGGGAUUUUUGAGAGAUUAAAAAAAAAAGAACUG